AUGUUAAGAAAGGUGUUCCUAAACAUUGCCCUCGUAUGGUGCAUGGUCUCUUUGGGGCAGGCCAGGGAGGAGACAACUGUUGAAGAAUGCGAAAGGAAUAUUCCUGAAUCGUUGAAGAACCGUAUCUGUGAGCUUCGUCAGUAUAAGACAGUUGAAGGCAAAUAUAUGGACAGACACAUGCAGUGUGUACUGGAGGUGAUUGGCUUUGUGGAGGACAAUGGUGAACUUGUGUUCCAGGAUCUUCUCGGUGUUCUGAAUAUGGUUGACUCUGCCCUGGAUCAUGUACCUAAUCUUAAAAAAUGUAAAGUAAAAGCAGAUGAGUGUGUCACGGAUAGUAAGGCAAACACCUUCUAUACGUGUUUUUUGGGAACUAGCUCGGCACAGGCAUUUAAGAUGGCGGUAGAUUAUGGGGAGUUAAUAGCAGCCGGCAAGCUCAGCCUAGAUAAGCCCUUUAAUGCUGAAACUGUUUCCAAGGAAAUGAAGCAAAUUGAUGAUGAGUUGUGUGCAACAGCAAAACGAUAA